AUGUCUACGAAAGAAAAGGUUUUGCUCCUCGGGGCUACGGGCGCAACUGGGGGUUCCAUAUUAGAUGGCCUCUUAGAAGCCAACCAAUUUGAUGUUGAGGUUCUAGUACGGCCUAGCUCCGUGGAGAAGCCAUCUGUUCAGCAAAUCAAGGAUCGUGGUAUUCCACUACGUGUGUCCGAUCUAAAUGUUUCCGAAAAAGAGCUUGUUUCUACUUUGCAAGGUAUCGACAUUUUGAUCAGUGCCAUUGGGCCCCACGACCUCCUGCAGCAAAAGACCUUAGUGAAAGCUGCAAAGUCUGCAGGCAUCAAACGGUUUAUCCCUUGUGCAUUCAUCACAGUUGCCCCACCACAAGGGACAAUGUUGCUUCGCGAUGAGAAAGAAAUUAUAUAUAACGAGAUCAAACGACUAGAGUUGGCCUACACAGUCAUCGACGUUGGGUAUUGGCAUCAAAUCUCCUUUCCCUGCUUACCAUCCGGACGGGUGGACUACGCAGCAUUGGUGCCAAACACCACUAUCCAUGGUGACGGCGAUGCCCCAAAUAUACUCACAGAUAUCCGUGAUAUUGGCCGAUUUGUCUCACGUAUUAUCGCCGAUGAUCGAACUGUGAACAAGUAUGUUUAUACUUGGGGUGAUAUUCUGACUGAAAACGAGAUCAUGGAUAUCGCUGAGGAUCUGUCAGGCGAGAAGGUUGAAAGACAAUAUGAGACUAUUGAAGAAAGUGAAAAAAGACUCAAUGAUGCCCAGUCUGCCCUUUCUCUCGACCCGGCGGAUCCAGCCAAGCGGACCUUGGUCUAUAUUACACAAUAUAUAUAUAGCAAGUACGUUCGCCAGGAUAACCAGCCUCACUAUGCAAAGUACCUUGGGUACCUUGACGCGAGAGAGUUGUAUCCCGACUUCAAGCCAAUCUCUUUCCGGGAAUUCUUUACCGAAGUUCUCAAUGGAAAAGGCAAAAGGCCCUAUGGCCAUUGA